UAAUGAAAAAAAUACAGCUAUGUCGCAAUAUAAGUUAAUAUUAUAAUGUGACAUUUACUGCAGCAAUUUUUAAAUAAUAUAAAUAUUUCUGUGAUAUGCCGGGGCCGGAUGUGAGGGCCAAUGACAAUGUUCUCGGCGAGAUGUCGACGGAGCCCACGGCAGCCGUGCACAGCGGCGUUGAGGCCAAGGCUGAGAGGAAGCUCACGGUGUUAGAGACCCAUGGCUAUGUUCUCGGUAGGACCAUCGGAUCUGGCUCCUAUGCCACCGUCAAGGUGGCCACCAGUGACCGCCACAACUGCCAAGUGGCGAUCAAAAUCAUAAGCAAGUUCCAAGCGCCCGGCGACUACCUGAAGAAGUUCUUGCCAAGAGAAAUCGAAGUUGUAAAAGGACUGAAACAUGAAAAUUUAAUAAGAUUUCUUCAAGCCAUCGAAACCACGCAUAGAGUGUACAUCGUAAUGGAGUACGCCGAGAACGGCAGCCUCCUGGACAUAAUCCGCAAGGAUCAACACAUCGAUGAGAUGCGCGGGCGCCGCUGGUUCAAGCAACUCGUCGAGGCCGUCGACUACUGCCACGAGAGAGGCGUUGUCCAUCGAGACAUAAAAUGCGAAAACCUGCUCAUGGACCACGGCUUAAACAUUAAACUGUCUGACUUCGGCUUCGCAAGGGGCCACAUGAAGCCCAAAAACGGGGUGUUUGCUCUGAGCGAAACGUUCUGCGGGAGCUACGCGUACGCGUCCCCCGAGAUCCUGAAGGGAGUCCCGUACCGGCCGCAGGACUCUGACAUCUGGAGCAUGGGUGUGGUGCUCUACGCGAUCGUGUACGGGCGGCUACCGUUCGACGAUACCAACUAUACACAGCUGUUGAAGCAAGUGCAAAACAAAGUGUCGUUCCCGCGCGAGCCGAAGGUCACGGCGGAAUGCCGCAAGCUGAUCACAAAGAUCCUGUCGCCACUCAAGGUGCGCGUGAAGAUCCCGCAGAUCCUCGCCGACCCCUGGCUCAACCCAAACCAGCCCCCGAAAGACGAAGAAGUGGACACAGCCCAGGAAAGCGGACAAAUCAGUAAAGAUGAAAUUAAAAGUGUGAACAUUGGAACGGUGACAUUCGACAGAAAACAACUGGAAGAAGUGAAGUAACCAAUUUAAUAUUAUCAUUAUAAAAAACAUAACAUAGCUCAAAAUCAAUAAAAUAAU